AUGGCCUCUCCCGAAGUCCACCACCUUUUCCACAACCCCAUCGCCGACCACUCUUUCUCGGCCGAUCACUCCGUCCUUGCUGUCGCCCGAGACACUGCUGUCGAGCUCUACGGUCAGGUUGGCAAUGCCUUCAAGCUGAAGGACGAGCUCAAGGGUCACGACAAGACUGUCACCAGUGUUGAUAUUGCUCCCAAGAGCGGACGCAUCGUCACUUGCUCUCAGGACCGUAACGCUCUGGUCUGGGAGCCCUCCCCAACUGGAUAUAAGCCUACUCUGGUCCUCCUCCGAAUCAGCCGAGCCGCCACCUUUGUUCGUUGGUCUCCUUCCGAGAACAAGUUCGCUGUUGGAUCUGGUGACCGUGUUAUUGCCGUCUGCUACUUUGAGGAGGAGAACGACUGGUGGGUUUCCAAGCACCUGAAGAAGCCUAUCCGCAGCACCAUCACCAGCGUUGCCUGGCACCCGAACUCGGUCCUUCUGGCUGCUGGAUCUACCGAUGCCCAUGCCAGAGUCUUCUCCGCCUUUAUCAAGGGCAUGGAUGAGCGUCCCCCUCCUGGCGUUUGGGGAGAGCGACUUCCUUUCAACACUGUCUGUGGAGAGUACUUGAACAACUCGGCCGGUUGGGUGCACUCUGUCUCUUUCUCGCCAAGCGGAGAGAGUCUUGCAUUUGCGGCACAUGAUAGCAGCAUUACUGUCGUUUAUCCCGCCGGCGCGGACCAGCCUCCCCGUGCUGUUGUCACCGUCUCUACCCAGCAGCUUCCUUUCAAGAGUCUUAUCUGGACUAGCGAGGAUGAGAUUAUCGCUGCUGGUUAUGACUGCGAGGCCUUCCGUUUCCAGGGCGGCGAGAGUGGCUGGCAGUUGGCUGGUCCUAUUGAGCAGAAGGGCCGACCCGGUUUGGGUGAACAUCGUGAGGAGUCUGCUCUGAACAUGUUCAGACAGAUGGAUCUCAAGGGCAAGACCAAGGAUGAUACGCAGCUCAGCACUGUCCACCAGAACACUAUCAGCACCAUCAGGCCUUUUGAGAUCUCUGGUGAUCGCGUCACUAAGUUCAGCACCAGCGGUGUCGACGGUAGAGUUGUUGUAUGGAAUGCUUAG